AUGGCGUCAGCGGCAUAUGGGAAAAUUCUCGUCAGGUAUUUCGAGAUAACUCAAGAGCUCGUUAAGGCACCAGACGCUCGGUCGAGAACGGCAAAUACACGCUCAUCAAGCCCUCAAGAGUCCAAAGGGGUUUCUGAGAGAGUUUUAGGAAAAUCGACAGACUCCGCUGCGCAUACAGAUCCCACAGGAGAUGCCGUGGCUCGGCUUCUUGCACAACAGGCUCAUGCAUUGAUCACAAUCCACAAAGAUUUGUCGUCGAAUAAGAGCAUUGUCAACGUCAAUCAGGGUCUCCUCAAAAGAAGAAUAGCAGACUUGAUCUCCAUCUCGUCAUCCAAAUUUUACGCCUACCGCUAUGACCUCCUCCCUGUCGUAUGGCGUCAGAUAUACACUGACGCUUCCAUCCUUGACUCUUUUAGCCUCAUUGUGCAACCACUCAUAAAUGAUGGCAUUGUCCCAGAUGAGCUUCUAGAUCUUGUCGUUGAGAAGCUUGACAGAGCACUCAUCACGGCUGGUGGUGGUGGACGACAACAAUGGCUGGAAGAGACGAUACGGAUGCUUGAAGUAGCCUGGACGGCGAAUGAGGAACCUGAGAGGCCAACAAAGCGUCAAAGAUAUGACACUUCGACGCAAUGCUUUUCCAACUACCAGCCUCACGGACAACCGAGGCUCUCACCUACGAGGGAAUGUCCUCGACACUCGGGCUGGACAAUGCCACAGUUUGAAGACUACAUGAAUAGCAACAACCGAGAGCCUCAGCCUGUCAUCUUCACAGAUUUAAUUACAGGGUGGCCUGCUCUCACAGACCGCCCCUGGAAGGAUCCGGAGUAUCUCCUCUCUCAGACUUUUGGGGGGAGACGUCUGGUACCGGUUGAAAUCGGUAGAAGUUAUGUUGAUGAGGGUUGGGGACAAGAACUUAUACAGUUCCGCGAUUUUCUUGAUCGCUAUGUUACAGGACAAACAGAUAGCAUUGGCUAUCUCGCCCAGCAUAACCUCUUCCAUCAGAUCCCUUCUCUUCGUAACGACAUAUACGUACCGGACUUCUGCUGGGUCGACGUCCCACCUCAUCCAACAACUCCGUCUCUAAAUCAGCCGCCAGUUGACCUGCCCCAGCUCAACGCCUGGUUCGGCCCAGCGCGCACUAUCACGCCUCUUCACACCGAUGGCUAUCAUAACCUGCUCUGUCAGGUCGUUGGAACAAAAUAUAUCCGUCUGUAUCCUCCUCGCGCAACAUAUGCGAUGCAGCCGCGGGUAUCCGAGCAUGGUGUUGAUAUGAGUAAUACGAGUAGAUUGGAUGUAGGUGUGCUUGAGGGAUGGGAUGAGAAACCUAAGGAUAUGAAUGACGAAGAUGUCCAAAGGAUGAGGAAACAGCUCGAAGGUAUCGAGUAUUGGGAGUGUAUCCUUAAACCAGGAGACACACUGGUUAUUCCUAUCGGAUGGUGGCAUUAUGUGAGAAGUCUAAGCGUGAGCUUCAGUGUAAGCUUCUGGUGGAAUUAG